CGCUGGGAUAUAAAUCUUUCAUUCAACCGGCCAUGUUUAAUUUGGAGAUAGAGUUGACGGUGUGGAAGGGGACGAAGAAAAACUUUUCCAUUGACCGCCCUACCCCCUUGCGUCUGAGUUGUUGCCUGAUGAUGAAACCACAAUAUCAAGACUUUGAACCUUUGGACAGCAACCAAAUACGUUAUCAGUAGCACAUCGACUUGUUCCUCCUGUCGAUAUCUGUGAACAAAAAAUAAUAUCGCUUUGUUUUAAAUAUGGCUGAGCAUUGUGGCUGGGAGACGAUCAGCGCUAAAGAGCUUCAGGAUUACGUGGAGCAAAAUGGAGUUUCCAGAGUUGCCGAAUACGUAUCGAGCAGACUCGACGAUUGGAAAAACGUCGUAAUACAAUUUGCAGUAUGUGGUGUUUCAGGAGCUGGAAAAUCUACCUUUAUUAACCGCAUACGAGGAGUGGAAGACUUUGAUACUGAUGCAGCAGAAGUCGAUGUUACUGAGUGCACUGAAGAGCUGAAAUGCUACGAUCAUCCCAGCAACCCCAAUAUUAAGUUUUGGGACUUACCAGGGAUAUCAAAUCCUAUCUACGAUGGUGAUCUGGAGGAAUACUGCAAAAAUGUGCCUUUGGAUGAGUACGAUACCUAUCUGAUCUUUGCCAAAGAUCGACUCACCGCUGACGACUUGAAACUUGCAGAGAGGAUUCGAUCAACUGGUAAGAAGUUUUUCUUCAUUCGGGCAAGAAUUGAUCAAGAUGUUGAAAAUGCGAGGAGAAGCAGAAAACAUUUAUUUGAUAAAGAUGCCACACUGAAUAAGAUACGAAAGAACAUUUCGCAAAAUUUGAUUGAAAGAGGCCUGCUUAAAGAUGAAAAAGAAUUUUUUUUAAUAAGCAACUACCAUACUGCCGAGUAUCAAUUUGGUGAGCUGAGCAGAGCAAUUUUAGCUAUUUUGCCGCAACGACAACGUGAGAGUCUCAUUCUGACCUUUGAUAAUGCCUUAAUUUUGUCAAAGGAUACCCUAAAGGAGAAGGUUGAAGUUCUUAGAAAGCGCAUCAAGUAUGUUGCUACCGCGUCUGCUUUCGCUGCCACUGUUCCAAUUCCCGGGGUAUCUAUUGGGACUGAUAUCGCGUUGAUAAAAAGAGAAAUCGACUUUUACAUAAGCCAGCUUGGUCUCCCAGAAGAAGGGUCACAUAGAUUUUCAUCGCUGGGUUUAAAAACCCAAACUCAAAUAAAGGCAUUGAGUACAGCGCUGGGCAGUACCAUGCAAAUUGGCGGGCUUCUUGCAGCCUACGCUACUGAGAGUGUCGUCGAGGAAUUCUCUCGCUAUAUUCCGUUUAUUGGCACAGCUAUAGCCAGUUCCUUGUCAUACGGUGCAACAUACUACUUUCUAUCGAAAUGGUUAGGACAAAUGGAAGAAAUCGCACUUAAAGCGUUGGAAGAAACAUUGUAUGACCUUCAAUCCCAUUAACUUUGAUGUAUGAUAUGGACCAUGGUUUUCUUUUCUGUGCACCAAUCACAAGCCGAAGGCUCAGUGGAAAUCGACUAACUUUAAGUGAAUUUACUUUGGUUUUGUUUUUUCUUAUGUAAAAAAAAACACUUUUCUGACAGUUGUUCAGUAGUAACUCAGUACUAGAAUCAAAUAGGUAUGCUCAGAGGUACUUCAGUCUUUUUCUACUGGCCAGGAAGCAGGCCACAAAGCUGAAUUUUCCCCAAUAGCGCAUGCUCUCAUUAGCUUCUUUAGGGUCUCAUAAAAUCCAACGAUGAAAUCCUAAACUGCAAAAUAUAAUAAUGCCAGAGGGUAAAACUUCAAUUUUACCUGUGCAUGUUGAACGCCGUUGCUCGUAACCAGAGUGGAACUAAGGAUGGCGUGAAAUUUUAGCAUUAUAAUAUUUUACGCUCCUAGGGGCUUACACAAAAUUUGCAAAUCAUAUUUCGGAAUAUUAUUCCAUUUGCAUCCUCUAAUAUUUUAGUCUAAGAAGGAUUAAAUCAACGGGAAAAAAAGAGAAAUGGCUUGUUUUAUUGUGGUAUUUGAACGAACAGAGGAGUUAGUUUAACCGGUUAUAUUAAAUGACAUGGUUAUGUCACUGUAGUAGUUCUUACACUGACUUACAGUCAUAGGAUCUGUUAUCGUCUGUAGGAAUAUCAUAGAGGAUACUUCUAUUCCCUAUACAAAAUAAAAGUAGUAAAUAGUGUCAAUCAUUUUCACUCCUUUUCUCUCACUGGGAAAUAAAUUGACCGAAGGAUUAAAAUUAAACCAAAAGUUGCUUGAAAUGAUUAGCACAUCACACGAAUAAUUAAAAAGUUAAUGCACAUCAAAAUUAGGAGAAAAAAAUUAUAAAUGUAAAGAAUGAGACGGUUAAAACCUGAUGACAAGACAACGUAGGUGUGUACAUUGAGAAUUUUCAAGCAACGCAGAAGUAGAAGGAAGUUGUUCAUGGAUAGUGCAUUGUCGGUCUCGUGUGAUGUUAGUUUUACUACCAGCAAUGGUGGAAGCCUAUGAAGUAUUAUGUUAUGUAAAAAAUUUGUGGCUGUAAGAAAUUGAAAUCAAGUAAUAUUUUGGGUGAAAUGUUCCAAAUAUUUGUUUGUCUGUUCACUUACUUAGUUAUUCUUGAUGAAAAUUUCAACGUGAUUAUUUUUUUUUGGACUUCUGAAUGAAACAAAUUUGCUCUUGAAUGAAUUUGAUUUUUUACUCAUUCUGUAUGGCUAUCAAUUUGUUCCUAGAAAACGAAACAUUUUUUUUUAACUGACACCUUAUUGAUAUUCCUGUUUCACCUUUUUCCACUGUACUGUUAUGAUCAAAGUGCUCUGUGAGCAAACUCGUGAUUUUGACAAAUUAUUUUUGGAUUAUGUUUGAUGUUAUCUGGUUUAGGGAAUUUUGUGGUUGAUUGUCAUAUUUAGAGUACGAGCAGUAGUUCAGUGUUCGCUAAUGUAGCAAAGAAACAAAGUAACGUUGGGAUAAGAAGG